CUAAAACUCACAGAAAUGCUGAGCAAAUCAGUGGCAUCUGCAGUUUCUACAACUCUCUUGAGCCAUCCCAGAAGCGCCGCGUACUUCGGUCUGAAAAGGGUUUCUUUUGCUUCUUCAAAUGAUUUAGUUUUUACAUGGAAAAAUAGUUUUUUUAACAAUAAUAAUAAUAAGUUUAGCUUGAAGACUAGAAAGAGUUCAAGAAUGGAGAGCAAUUUGGUGACGAAAGUUUCAGCUUCAGCACAGCCUUUGAAGAACGCUGAUGAACUCAUAGACUCUGUGGAGACUUUUAUAUUUGACUGUGAUGGAGUAAUUUGGAAAGGUGAUAAAUUAAUAGAUGGAGUCCCAGAAACCCUUGAUAUGCUCCGGGCCAAGGGCAAGAGAUUAGUUUUUGUUACCAACAACUCGACAAAGUCUAGGAAACAGUAUGGUAAAAAGUUUGAGACACUUGGUCUGAGUGUUAAUGAGGAGGAAAUAUUUGCAUCAUCUUUUGCAGCUGCUGCUUACUUGAAAUCGAUUGAUUUCCCAAAAGAUAAAAAGGUUUAUGUGAUCGGAGAGGAUGGCAUCUUGAAGGAGCUUGAGCUGGCUGGAUAUCAAUAUCUUGGUGGACCUGCGGAUGGUGAGAAAAAGAUAGAGCUAAAGCCUGGUUUCCUUAUGGAGCAUGAUAAAGAUGUGGGAGCUGUUGUGGUUGGAUUUGAUCGUUAUUUCAACUACUACAAGAUACAGUAAGUUCCCCAGUUUCUACACAGACAAAUAUGUAUUGGAGAAAUCAUUUACUAAC